UAAAAAUUGGAAACAGGAAGUGAAGAAUGUUGUUAUGAAGAGGAGAGAAGUGUCGGUCAGAGGAAGAAGAAGCAUCAAAUAUCGUUGACAAUGUCUCUCUUUAACGCAAGUGCCUUGUUUAUUAUGUUGAUAAUGUACAGUAUCAUAACUGCAUCAACCGAGGGCGUAAACACCAUUAUCCCAAAUUCAGAUCCCAGCCAAGACGGCGCAGUUCUGGGACCGGUUGUGUCCGAGUUGGCCGUAUCCCAGUCUAGUUUUGGUCCACACGUCUCUCUCAACUUCUUGUCAGCUUUUACAGAAGAUCUGGAGGGCAGCGAUUAUUGCGUCGAGCUACUGCGUAUCUUUGGACAGCGAUACGUUUCGAAUGUCAAUUGCUUGGUGUCUUAUGCGCGUCCUGUCCAAGUGUGUGAGAACUGCUUAGUCCAUUACAACAGUCUGACUGAGAUCUACACCAACAUCUCAUCGGACCAGAUGGGCCCUGGCAACGUCAGCUGCAGGGACAGUCUCCUGCGCUCUGACAGACUAAUGCUGAUCUAUCUGCUGUAUGACAACUUGGAGGAGAUCUGGACUACCUCAGGCUGUGACCAUUGUGUCAACGAAGGACUUAACCAGCUGACCAAUGACACAUUUUACUUCAUGGCUGUCCUCAACCAAACCCGUUCCUGCUUUGAGAGGUACCAACAGCAGGGAAACCACUCAGAGCUGUGUAUGGAGUGCAAGGCGACAUACAAGGGACUGAAUGAGCUGUAUGGACGCAUGGAGAAGAACAGCACUCUGUGCAUUGACAUCGAGGACGCGAUGAAUAUGACCCGUAGACAGUGGAGUAAGAACUUCAAUUGUUCAUUGCCCCGUGAGGAGACGGUUCCUGUCAUCGCCGUGUCCAGCUUCAUGCUCUUUCUGCCCAUCAUCUUCUACUUGAGCAGCUUCCUUCACUCUGAACAAAAGAAACGCAAGCUCAUACACCCCAAACGGGCAAAGUCCAGCACCAGUCUCAUGAACAUCCAGGAUAAAUUCAGCUGAGUGGAGCAAGGGAUGAGGAAGAAUAGGAACGGUUUUCCUACUCAGUUUGUCCAGAACAACUUCUAGGAACCUCUUGAAAUGAGUUGUAAUUUAUUUGAGUUGUAAUUUAUUUGCCUGUGGACACCAAUGGCAGGACUCCACAAAAGGUCCCUGUGAAGUCCAAACAGGACAACGCCAAAUCAUCAGUGUUAAAAUAUGAAAUGUUUAUUUUAAUGCAUUAAAUUAAAUUAAAAAGAAAAUGUUAAAAGUGCAAAGCUGAAAUGUAUUUGCACUACCCCCCAUCACCACCACCAUAGUCAAAUACAGUUAGGUCCAUAAAUAUUUGGACAUUGACACAUUUUUCAUCAUUUUGGCUCUGUAUACCACCACAAUGGAUUUGAAAUGAAACAAUCAAGAUGUGCUUUAAGUGCAGACUUUCAGCUUUAAUUUCAGGGUAUUUACAUCCAAAUCAGGUGAACGGUGUAGGAAUUACAACACAUUUGAUAUGUGGCCCCCCCCUUUUUAAGGGACCAAAAGUAAUUGGACAAUUGGCUGCUCAGCUGUUCCAUGGCCAGGUGUAUGUUAUUCCCUCAUGGGAGUUCGUUAUUUCAUUGACAAGGAGCAGAUAAAAGGUCUAGAGUUCAUUUCAAGUAUGGUAUUUGUGUUUGGAAUCUGUUGCUGUCAACUCUCAAUAUGAAGUCCAAAGAGCUGUCACCAUCAGUGAAGCAAGCCAUCGUUAGGCUGAAAAAUCAAAACAAACCUAUCAGAGAGAUAGCAAAAACAUUAGGUGUGGCCAAAUCAACUGUUUGGUACAUUCUUAAAAAGAAAGAACGCACUGGUGAGCUCAGCAACACCAAAAGACCCGGAAGACCACGGAAAACAACUGUGGUGGAUGACAGAAGAAUUCUUUCCCUGGUGAAGCAAAACCCCUUCACAACAGUUGGCCAGAUCAAGAACACUCUCCAGGAGGUAGGCGUAUCUGUGUCAAAGUCAAAAAUUAAGAGAAGACUUCACCAGAGUAAAUACAGAGGGUUCACCACAAGAUGUAAACCAUUGGUGAGUCUCAAAAACAGGAAGACCAGAUUAGAGUUUGCCAAAAAACAUCUAAAAGAGCCUGUACAGUUCUGGAACAACAUCCUAUGGACAGAUGAGACCAAGAUCAACUUGUACCAGAAUGAUGGGAAGAGUAUGGAGAAGGGAAGGAACUGCUCAUGAUCCAAAGCAUACCACCUCAUCAGUGAAGCAUGGUGGAGGUAGUGUUAUGGCGUGGGCAUGUAUGGCUGCCAAUGGAACUGGUUCCCUUGUAUUUAUCGAUGAUGUGACUGCUGACAAAAGCAGUAGGAUGAAUUCUGAAGUGUUUCUGGCAAUAUUAUCUGCUCAGAUUCAGCCAAAUGCUUCAGAACUCAUAGGACGGCGCUUCACAGUGCAGAUGGACAAUGACCCGAAGCAUACUGCGAAAGCAACCAAAGAGUUUUUUAAGGCAAAGAAGUGGAAUGUUCUGCAAUGGCCAAGUCAAUCACCUGACCUAAAUCCAAUUGAGCAUGCAUUUCACUUGCUAAAGACAAAACUGAAGGGAAAAUGCCCCAAGAACAAGCAGGAACUGAAGACAGUUGCAGUAGAGGCCUGGCAGAGCAUCACCAGGGACGAAACCCAGCGUCUGGUGAUGUCUAUGGGUUCCAGACUUCAGGCUGUCAUUGACUGCAAAGGAUUUGCAACCAAGUAUUAAAAGUGACAAUUAGAUUUUAUGAUUAUGUUAGUUUGUCCAAUAAUUUUUAUUCCCUUAAAAAGGGGGGGGGGGCCACAUAUAAAAUGUGUUGUAAUUCCUACACCGUUCACCUGAUUUGGAUGUAAAUACCCUGAAAUUAAAGCUGAAAGUCUGCACUUAAAGCACAUCUUGAUUGUUUCAUUUCAAAUCCAUUGUGGUGGUAUACAGAGCCAAAAUGAUAAAUUGUGUCAAUGUCCAAAUAUUUAUGGACCUAACUGUACAUAUGACACAUAAGGCCCGCUCCCCAUAGAGGGUAUGCUGGACUAUACUGGGGCUUGGAUGACUACAGACAUACCAGCUGCUAUGUGAGGUUGAAGUAUUAUGUGUGUUACUUAUCUUUUCCUGUGAGGAAGGAAGAAAUGGGUUUUGUGUCACUAAUGUGAGCCCACUGUAAAGCUGGUAAGGACAGACAGAAAGCACUUGAUGGCCAUUAGUGGUGACACAUAUCCUCAGUGUUAAGGGAGGGAGGGAGAGAAGGCCACAUCUGAAAUACAACAUAAAAAGGAAAUACAUAAUGUAGCCUAUAGGUGAGAGCACUCCAUGGUAUCACAAACCAACCUUCUUUCCUUGCCAAGGAGCUAUUAAGCUUUUUGUCCAACUCGACUAGAUUCUAUUAGCCUGCUAACUGGGCUGCUAUGAACGUCUCCAAUUCUCCAUAUUCAUCUGAUACUGUGAAUUUGAUUCACUGUAAUUAGAUGGGUAGCCUAUUACGCAAUUUAAGAUAUCAUGUUCUCAUAUUGGAUGCCUCUUUAGAGUGAAUGUUUACAUAAAAAAUGAUUUUUGACAAACUGCUUAUCAAACAAGAGUAUCAAAUGGACUAUUAGUUCUGAUCAGGAGGAUUAAUUUAAUGUAUUCGUUGAAUAUGUAUUUAAAAAACUGAAAUUCUUAAAACUUUUAAGAUUGGGGGUUAAGAUUACAAUCUCAACUGUCUUUAUUUACCAUCAGAAUUAUUCAGUCACAUCAUAAUAUCAAUUAAUAAAACAUUUUAUGUGUCAACG